AUGCCAAUCACUAUAUUCUUUAUCGAACUGUUAUUUGAACUGUUAUCGUUAGCCGUACUAAUAGGCGAUGGCGUUGCUGUGACGGGAGUUGGUGAUAACGACGGGCUUGCUGCCGUCGCUGUCAUUGCCGGGGAAGUUACACAGUCGCUG